AUGAUUAUAAGCGAAAGAUCGAACACUAAGCAGCUUCUGAAACCGUUUUGGAACGAUUUAUUAGAUAAAAAAGAAGUUUCUGCCAUUGCAGAAGGAGAUGCUACUGUGAAACUUGUAAGUUUGAUCGAGCUCGUCAAACGUCGAUGCGAAGAACAGAAUAUUUCCGUUCGUCAAUCAACCUCUGUUCUUCCUAGUAUCCGGACUUUGGGGAAUGGACUGGAAAAAGAAACAAGCUCUAAACCGAAGCUGAAAAUUGGCCUACAGGUCAUUGAGGAAACAAGUUAG